AUGAGCGUGAAUAGAAGCCCAAAGUUUGCUCUUGAACUCCCCGCAUGUUGCACGCAGGUCAUAAAACUGUAUGCAUGGGAAGCUCCUAUGGAGCACGUAAUCGUCGAUCUACGUGAAAAGGAACUCGCUCUCAUCCGCAAAGCUGCUCUUCUUCGUACACUCUCUGAUGUGUUUAAUUCCGGCUCGCCGUUUCUUGUGGCCCUGUCUACCUUUACAACAUUUAUAAUGCUGGAGGACCCAAAUACUCUAACACCAGAUAUAGCGUUCGUCUCAUUGAGCUUAUUCAACCAGCUCCGUUUUCCGAUGUCUCAAGUUGCAGAGCUCAUCAUCCAAACUGUUCAAGUAAAAAUUUUACGUGUAUUAUUUGCUGGAACACUUUCACGAUAG